AUGGAAGAAAUUGAUGAAUAUUACUGGAAUGAGCGAGUAGUGGAUCACGGCCAGGAUCAAGCAAAAGGGGUACUGGGGCAUGUUGACGAAGCAGUUUCAGAUCUUUUUGAUGGGUUGGGUAAAGGGGUCACGCCUGUUCCUGCGAUUUUGGCUGAAACGUUUAGAUCUUUGAAUGCGUAUAGGCGAGCUAGUGAAGGCAGAUUUAUAGGUUGUGCGCAAUUGUUGAUAGCUUGGUUCCAUAGUCAUUUCUGGAAGGUUGACAAAGUUUUGUAUCGGGUUUUCUCUGGGCAUUACUCCCCGUUAAAAGAGAUAGUGGCUACCCCCAGAAGGGACGACAUAUCAGAAGAAAAUUGGAUAGCAAUUCUGCAAAAUCUUCAAGAGGAUGAUGUGGAGUGGAGAGCUCCUUGGUUGAUUCCUGAUGGAAUUCUCUAUCGUUGUGGAAGCUUUGACUGGGUUCCAUUGCUUGGGAUUUGGGGAGCCGUCGGAUAUGCACCUUUGCUGGUCUUAAGGCAGUAUAAUUUAAGACAGUUUGUGUCGGCAACGUAUGGUUUAGCUCAAUGUGAGUUCUCGUACCGAGGAGACAAUUACAAGAAAAAGGUGAAGGAAAUUUCUCAGGCUUGGAAUCAGGUUCACAGGAUGAAAAGGCUAGCUGUGGGUUCGAUGACAACUCCAGAGUACGGUGAGUGGCGACGUAAAAGAAUUAAUGAUAACAUUCCAGAGUUAAACUUGGAGAGUGUUCGACCAAUGGAAGGGGCUAUUGCACAGAUUCCGGAGGUAGCUGAUUAUUUGCAAACAAUGGCAAUUCAGGCUGACGUUUUAAGUGUAAAGUAUGAACUAGAAUUGAACCGGGGUCAGGAGUUAGCUUCAUUGUUGAAAGAAGAGUCUCAAAAUGACCUGAUGACUAAGUUGACGCAAUUACUGACCAAAGGAGUAGACAAGGGGCAAGGUCCUGUGAUUAUUAAUGAAGAAGAAAACAAUGACGAACCACUUUAUCCUCCAGGUUUUACCCUCUGCAUGCGCAAGUUCAGACUGAGCUGCAUCCGCGAAGACCUUCUAUUUUGA